UCUUUGUCUGUUCUCUCCAUGAACACAGUUUCUGGCUGUGAACUAUUCAGCAGCUUUGAAAUGCCAAGUUUGUUCAAGCAGGGAGAAAUAAUGAUCGGGGGGAUUUUCCCAGUUUUCAACAAAGAGAUCAGCAGCACUUCUACGUUCAAAAGGGAGCCACCUGGAGUGAAGUGUGCAGGUUUUGACCUGCGGGCUUUUCGAUGGACCCAAGUGAUGAUUUUUGCGAUUGAAGAAAUCAACAAAGAGUCUGCUCUGCUGCCAAACAUAUCUCUUGGCUACAGGAUCCUUAACUCUUGUGCAUCUCCAACAAACACUUUACGAGCUGCACUAACACUGGCUAGUGGACCAGAGGAGAUAAAAUCAACUUCACCUUGUCCUCCAGCUAUAUCUGCCCUCAUAGCAGAGUCAGGUUCGUCUCAGUCGUUAGCUGUGGCUGGAGCUCUUGGACCAUUUCAAGUGCCAGUAGUAAGUUACUUCUCAACAUGUGCCUGCCUGAGUGACAAAGCUAAAUACCCUACUUUCUUUCGGACAAUCCCCAGUGACUACUUCCAGGCAAAGGCUUUGGCAGCACUGGUCAAACGUUUUGGCUGGCAGUGGAUCGGGACCCUACAGUCAGACAAUGACUAUGGUCGAAAUGGGAUCCAGGCUUUCAGUGACGAGGUGAAAAAGCUCGGGGUUUGUAUUGCAUUUGUCGGGACAAUUCUACGCACGUACCCUAUGGAUAAAAUUCUGGAUGUUGUGGAAAUGAUCAAGCAGUCAACUGUCAAAGUCAUUCUUGCUUUUGUUCCUGAGGGUGACUUUUAUCCCCUGAUGAAAGAGAUAGUAAAACAGAACAUUACUGGAAUUCAGUGGAUUGCUAGUGAGGCCUGGAUAACAGCACCACGGCCCUCCACACCUGAAAUCUACCAAGCUUUUGGUGGAGCCUUAGGAUUUGUGGUGCAGAAGAUGGCUAUCCCAAAUCUAAAACCUUUCCUCACAGGCAUUAGCCCAUACACAGAUCCAGGUGCAGCCUUUGUGAGGGAUUUCUGGGAAGUUAUGGUGGGCUGUAGACCAGUUUUACCUGGGGAGCGCACAGGUACUGAGGCAACGAAUGACAAAUGCACAGGCAAUGAGACAUUACUAAAUUCCCAGGAUGUGUUCUUCAAUGUCACAGAGCUCAGAGUGUCCUACAAUGUGUAUACAGCAGUUUAUGCCACUGCACAUGCCCUACACCAGCUGGUAUUCUGCCAACCAGCUGGAGAAAAACCAGUGAGGCCAUGUUUGAAUAUAUCAGAAAUUCAGCCAGAACAGGUCACUGCUCACUUGCAAAAGGUACAUUUCAGAAAUCAGUUUGGGGAUAAUGUGUUCUUUGAUGAGAAUGGUGACCCUCCUGCUUCUUAUGACAUUAUUAACUGGCAGCUGAGAGAUGGGCAGGUGCAACAUGUGACACUGGGUCAUUUUGCUUCUGCUGCUAAUGGUGAUUAUAAACUCAGCAUCCGGGAGGAAGAGAUAGUGUGGAGGACAGGGAAAAUGGUUCCGUCAUCAGUGUGCUCCAAUGUUUGUCCAGUUGGAACUAGGAAAGCUCAAAUCAAAGGAAAACCCACCUGUUGUUUUGACUGUAUCCCAUGUGCUGAUGGAACUAUAGCCAACUCAACAGGUGCAGCAGACUGCACACCAUGUCCACAGGAACACUGGUCCAGUGAGAGGAAAGACGAGUGCAUUCCCAAAACAAUUGAAUUCCUGACCUAUCGUGAGCCAAUGGGAAUAGCGAUCACAGUUGUUUCCCUGCUAGGGGCCUCCUUGUCACUGGCCACGAUGAUGGUUUUUAUCCAGUACAGAGAAACCCCAGUGGUAAAGGCCAGCAACUCUGAGCUUAGCUGUUUCCUGUUGUUUUCUCUUUUUUUGUGUUUUCUCUGUCCCCUCACUUUCAUCGGCAGACCCACAGUCUGGACAUGCAUGCUACGCCACACAGCUUUUGGUGUGACAUUUGCACUUUGUAUUUCCUGUGUCUUAGGAAAAACUAUUGUUGUUGUUACAGCUUUCAAAGCCACGUUUCCUGGCAACAAAGUUGCAGGAAAGUUUGGUCCUGCACAGCAAAGAAUUAUAGUUUGCUCCUGCACUUUAAUUCAAAUUGUGAUAUGUAUAUUGUGGCUUAAAUUAAAUCCCCCUUUCCCAGACAUGGUUUUCAGACACAGCAAUAAAAAGAUUGUUUUAGAAUGUAACACAGGCUCUGAGGCUGCUUUCUAUGCAGUGCUGGGGUAUAUAGGGAUCCUUGCAAUAAUUUGUCUGGUCCUGGCAUUUCUCGCUAGAAAGUUGCCUGAUAACUUUAAUGAAGCCAAAUUUAUCACCUUCAGCAUGUUGAUAUUCUGUGCAGUCUGGAUCACCUUUAUCCCAGCGUAUGUCAGCUCUCCUGGAAAGUUCACAGUAGCAGUGGAAACAUUUGCAAUUUUGUCUUCAGCAUUUGGCUUAUUAAUUUGUAUUUUUGCACCUAAAUGCUACAUAAUAUUGAUCAAGCCAGAGAAAAAUACCAAGAAAUAUGUCAUGACAAAAAAAAAUAUGAUUUCUUGAUUUUAAAAGAUGAUGCUAUAGUUACUUCCAACUUUUAUAUGAAGUAGAAACAGUACUAUGAGUAAAACAAGAUUUUCUUUAGCACUUCAAGAGGACGUUGUAGAAUCCACAAGAUGUUCUGUACCAUCUGCAAAAACCAUGGAUGGAAAUGAUUUCUAUGAUCUUCACCAGUUUUCACUGAAUUCAUAAUUUAUCAGUUAUUGAUGAAUGCAACUUAAUUAUUAAAUCCUAAUUUUAAUUGCCAGGAUAAUUAAAUGUGUAUUAUGCAUUGUUUAUAACACUGACUUUCAUCGUGUGUACAGUAUAUAAGUGUUUUGUUAAACUAAGUUGUAACUGGUAAUUAUGUUUGUUUACAGAGAAAAAACCCUUGUGUGAGGAGAAUAUGAAUUAUAAUAUCUGGUGACAUGCUUUAAUGAAAUACAUGCAUAUAUGCAUUUACCAUACAAAUGUUUAAUAAUUCACCAAAGACUAGUGUCACAUACAGUUAUAAAAACAGGUCAUUGUUUUGAUUAAAGAAGAGUUUUCACAUUAACACAUUAUACCACUAAAUAAGACUCCAUUGCACUUUUCACUUGAAUAUUUUUUGGAAAUACUUUUGAAGCUAUUUCUCUUCCUGUUAUCAUCCAUAACAUUUUCAUAAUCAAAAAAAAAAAACUUCUGUGUUUCUAUAUUGUUUAGAUAUUCUGUGAUGCAAAAUGACAGUCAUCACAAUGAAAAUAAAAAUAAAUAAAACUC